AUUCUUCCUCCUGCGGGCCUCUCCGCCCAAGUGGCCAAGCUCGUGCAGCAGAUGUCAUUUCUGCCGGUUACCAGCAUGGCAGAGAAAAUCUACCGUGGCCUGGUAGAGGGGAGGUCCGCAUCCCUGCCCUCCCAGCUGGGCCCUGUCUCAUUUUGCUCUGUCUUGUUUCUUACCUGUAAAAUGAGCGUUCAGUUUCCUUAAAACUCUAAAAUUGUUCUAGGAACUCAUGGGUUGGAACUGAAUUCUGUCAUUUCAGCCUUCCCCCUUGACUGUAUCUUUUGGAGUUAAAUUUAUUUUUAAAUAUUGAGAUGCUAAAUUGUUUUUGACACAGAUUUGCUGUCUUUGAAUGCCUUUUACUCUAAAUAGUUUAUAACAUUUUUAAAAAAUAUUCAGAGGUACAUUAGUCAUAAACCUAAUUUCCAAAUACAUUUUCUUUGCCAAGCUAGCAAAUGCUAAAAAUCCACGCAUUUGGAUUCGAUAACUCAGAUUUCAUUACAAGAAAUACUGUUGUUACUGAAAAAAAAAAAAAGACCUCAGUAUUAGAAAAUUUAGCUUCAUCUGCUAGCCUAUUUCUUUAAACGGGAAACAAAAUUUCGGCAAGAAAAGUAGGCUAUUAGAAUUUGUCGUGGUGAGAGCUAAUCCCACGUCUAAGGAUCUGGGAUCCUCUGAAUGUGAGAGUUUCCAGCCAAGUUUGGAAGCUUCAAUUUAACGACUAAAAGCUUUCUGUUGUCCUGUGGCUGCAUUUGCCCUCCAACCUUUCUGGGCAGCCGUUCAACCAGUGUUGUAACAGGGAGAGACGGAGGCAGGGCCUCGUGUGCUCCAGGGUUUGACAGUGGUGCUGGGGGCAUCCGGGAGUGUCCUCGUACCCAGGCUUCCUCACAGAACAGAGGUUGUCUACGGUGACAUCAGGUCCUCUCCAUUGUUAGCAAACCCAGACUUGAAGGAGGCGCCCGGGCAGCCAUCCAGCCUCUCCCAUAGAUCUGAGGGGUCAAGAUGUUAAGAGAGAAAAGUAGAUAAAUAACCCUAACUGUGGCCACAAGUCUUUUCUGAAGGACUGUGUUUUGGGCUAAGGAGGUAUGAUGGAAAAUGACAAAUAAGUUGACCUGUGUAUUCUCUGGUUCCAUUUUGAGGAUCUAUUUGGGCAAAAAGAAAGGAGACAAUGUCCCUGGCUUUUGGGGCUGAGCCCCUAAUGUUCUCCGUGCACCUGACUUGUCCUGUGUAGAGCAGGGCUUAGGGCAGCGGGGGAGGUUCAGCGAGAGGGGAGCUGUGACCUGCUGAACUGGUGGCUGGUCAUCUGCCCCAGACAGUUCAGUCUGCUCCCGGAAUGCACUUUGGGGCAGCCUCUGGAGCCAUCAGAGGCACAGCUGGUUCUGUGCGCACAGCAAGUCCAAAAUGGACCAGGCUCUGGGGGCUUAAGGAGCCCCGUCUGCAAGCAGGAAGCCAGCCUGGCCCCAGGAGGACCCCAGCUAAGGCCGGGAGCAAAUGCAGCCCUGAGGAUUUGGCUACUGCAUAUAACAACAGGGGGCAGAUUAAGUACCUGCGGGUUGAUUUUUACGAAGCCAUGGAUGACUACACGCGCGCCAUAGAGGUCCGCCCCAGUUUUGAAGUCCCCUAUUACAACCGCGGGCUCAUCCUGUAUCGGCUGGGAUAUUUUGAUGAUGCCUUGGAAGAUUUCAAGAAGGUGUUAGACUUAAAUCCUGGAUUUCACGAUGCCACUCUGAGCUUAAAGCAGACUCUCCUAGACAAAGAAGAAAAACAAAGAAGAAAUAUUGAAAACAAUUGCUGAAAAUUUAAACUUGAUAAAAAUAUUAACCCGUGAUCCUUAUUCCUACAUCUACGUGUCUCCAAUUUAGAUACUGACACAUUGUGAUUUAUGUUGACAUUUAAGAGAUUCAUGCAUUGUCACUGAAAGAUAAAUAAUGUAUUUAUAGUUGUUAAUUUCAUGUUGAAAAAACUGGUGAAUAUGUAUCCUCUUUAUAAAGUAUAAAUAAGUAAUAUCAAUAUUAUACGUGUAUUUUAUUACAAUAAAUAUUUAAGGAAAUGUG